UCGCGCUCCUCUUGGACGUAGCGCUUCUGGCGGAAGAAACCCACGUGACCUUGACGACGACCUCUGGUUUUGGCAUUUAACGGGCUGUCCGUCAUCCGAUCGCCCGACCGGAUCUAGAUCAUUAGGAUCUAGGGAUCGUAGACGAGGGAUCAUCGUCGUUGUCACGCGGGUGGAUACCUGAAGGGUACUCGAACUCGUCGGCGAGAAGAAGUGGUGCAGCGAAAUUAUCAUACGAUAUGAUACGAACCACGUCGAGCCUACGUAACGGUUUGGCACGCGCGAUCGUCCGGGGCUCCAACGCGCGCACCAACACUGUAAGGUCCACUGCCGUCCGGUGUCUUCACAGGAAACAUCAACAGAGGAUUCAAUCUCACCAUACCUUGCGUCUAAUCACUGCAUCAUGGCAGCAGCAGCUCAGGUUUUACGCCGACUAUCCCGACCAUAUCAAAGUGCCACUGCCGGCGCUGUCUCCCACGAUGGAUACUGGAACGAUAGUCAGCUGGCAAAAGAAGGAAGGCGACAAGCUGAACGAGGGCGAUCUGUUAGCGGAAAUCGAGACGGAUAAAGCCACGAUGGGAUUUGAGACUCCCGAGGAGGGAUACUUAGCCAAGAUUCUCGUGCCUGCCGGCACGAAAAAUGUCCCGAUAGGCAAACUAGUCUGCAUCAUCGUGCAGGACGAGUCCAGCGUAGCUGCAUUUAAGGACUUUGUAGACGACGCGACGAUCAUUGCCCCUCCUGUAGCUCCUGUGCCUACUCCUGCAGCUGCUCCACCACCAGCAGCCCCUGCACCGCCGGUCAAACCUCCACCGACACCCACGCCAACAGCACCGAGAGCUCCUGUCCCAGCACCCCCCAGGGAGAAGGCGUAUGUUAGCCCACUGGCGAGAAGACUGGCAGCCGAGAAGGGACUUAGUUUAGAGGGUGUGAAAGGGACAGGACUGUACGGUUCCAUAACGGUCAAAGAUUUGGAGGGCGCAGCCGCGGUCAGUGCUGUACAGCCGACAGCAGCAGCGGUACCGGGUACCGUGGACAUUCCUAUAUCGAGUAUACGCGCGGUCAUCGCUAAACGCCUGCUCGAGAGCAAGCAAACGAUCCCGCAUUACUAUCUCUCGUUAGACGUAAAAAUGGAUGCCGUGCUGGCGAUGCGGGAGCAAUUCAAUAAAUUGUUAGAGAAGGAAAAGAUCAAAUUGAGCGUAAACGAUAUCAUCAUCAAGGCUAUGGCUAUGGCUUGCAGGAAAGUGCCGGAGGGUAACACCGCUUGGUUGGGAAACGUGAUUAGACAGUACAACAACGUGGACGUUAGCGUAGCGGUGAGCACGGACAGCGGCUUGAUCACCCCCAUAGUGUUCAGUGCCGACGCAAAGGGCAUCGCACAAAUCAGCAAAGAGGUGAAGGCGUUAGCCGCGAAGGCGAGGGAGGGGAAGCUGAAACCGCAGGAAUUCCAAGGGGGCACGAUCACCGUGUCCAACUUGGGCAUGUUUGGCAUCAAGAACUUCUCUGCCAUCAUAAACCCUCCGCAGUCUAUCAUUCUCGCUGUGGGCUGCACGGAGCCUAGACUAGUACCUGCCAAGAACGAGCAAGGAUUCACGACUGCCCAGUUCAUGUCCGUAACUGCCAGUUGCGAUCACCGCACGGUCGACGGUGCGGUUGGCGCACGAUGGUUGUCCGCCUUUAAGGAUCUAAUGGAGAAUCCGACUACGAUGCUUUUGUAAAAUGUUGCUUCGAGCGAAAGUACAAUUACAGGAAUAUUCGAGGAAAGGUGAUAGGUAGUACGGAUUGUCACAUCAUCAUCAUCAUCAGACUUGCUUCCACGUAGAUUCGAGUUAAAAAUGUUUAUUUGAAGUUCUCCUAAGAAUUACAAGGAACGUAAUUGUUUAUUGGAUUCGGGUAAGAAGACUGAUGUUUUUAGUUCACAAUCGAAAUUGGAUAUAUUGGAUCCGCUGUGUUGCUUAGCAACGUUGCGAGAUUUAAACAAACAGAUUGAUCUCGACUGCAAUUCGUUAUCGCCUGGCGGAACUGCCUCGAUUAAUGGCCAUGUGUACAUAUGUGUAUUUAUAAACGAGAAAUGUGGCUGCACUACGUUGCAGGGGAAGUACGUUAAAAGAAGUGUCAAAGAUGUUUAUAGUAAAUAUGUAUACAUAUAUGUAUUUAAUAAAUUAUAUCUCUCGCGUUA